AGAGGUACGCAAAUUACGUAGGCUAUUCGAAACGCAGGUUGCGUUAGAGACGUACUGUAGCUCUACCAAUUGAAAUAUAUUAUAGGGUCACAUGAUUCUCCACAAACUCACUCGUGUUCUGUCACUUGGUUUGAAAUGGUUGUACUAAAAGGAAUCCCAUCCAUACUUACGCCUGAAUUAUUGUAUGUUUUGGCGCAAAUGGGUCAUGAAGAUGAACUAGUUCUUGCAGACGCAAAUUUUCCAACCUCAUCUAUUUGUAAAUGUGGUCCAGUGGAGAUAAGAGCGGAUGGUGUAGGUAUACCAGAACUUCUGAAGGCAAUACUGAAGCUUUUUCCUCUUGAUACCUAUGAUGAUUCGGCAGCUGUCAUGGACCUUGUGCAGAGUGACAAAUUUAAGGGUCUGAAAGUGCUGGUAUGGGAGCAGUACUCUGACCUCCUGAAACAAGCAGGAUCAGAUGGUAACUUCAGUUUUGUUGAACGGUUUGCAUUUUAUGAGCGUGCCAAGAAGUCAUUUGCUGUAGUGGCAACUGGGGAGACUGCACUGUAUGGAAAUCUCAUAAUCAAGAAAGGUGUCAUUCCGCCUGGUGAACAGUGCUGAAAGAAGGCUUUUUGGUACAGCACAUACAAAAAAGCUUUAUAUAUAAAAAAAGAUUGCAUAAAUAAAUGUACGUUAUUAAUUUAAUGCCAUCCUUUUAGAUUUUGAUUGCAAAAUGACUGUUCAUAACUGUUGAAAAAGUUCAAAGAAUUUUCUGUUCAUGUUUUCUGUAGUGUGAUAUUGUAAAAUAAGCAGUAAGAAAAUUUCUUUAAUAAAUAGAGAAAAUCAUACAAUAAAAUACAAUUUGAAAAAUACAGUACACUUUUCUUUUCUUUUAUUUUUUUAAUGAAAGUUUUGUGAAAUGAAAGUCAGCUCUGUUUAACCUUUAAAGAUUUAAUCUUAAAGUUUAAAUAUAACUGUUCAAAUUUUGUUUUUCAUGUUCAACGUGUAGCUCAAUCCACACCUGCACUUUUCAUUUUGUUGUGCAUUGUUCUGUGAAUAAACAGCAGCUUAAUUGAGCUCUGUGAAUGUUCUCUUGUUAGGACUAUGGAAAUGUGAAAUGUUUGUUUUUCUUUUCUCCUUGCCUUAAUAAAUACCUUUUCUACUUUUAAA